AAAAACUUGCUAUGACAGGAGCUACUUAGAAAUGGAAAAACAGUUCAAAGUAUUUGUGUAUGGAGAAGGGGAGCCUCGAAUUUUCCUCAAUCCACCAUGCAAAAGCAUAUACUCCAUGGAAGGUAACUUCAUGCAUGCUAUUGAAAGGAAUGACCAUUUUCGAACUAAAGAUCCAGAGAAAGCACAUGUGUUUUUCCUCCCAUUUACUGUAGUAACGGGGCUUCGAUAUGGCUACGAAAGAGUCUCACAAGACUCUAGUCCCCAAAGAAACACUGUGACAGAUUAUGUCAAUGUCAUUGCUGCAAGAUAUCCUUAUUGGAAUCGAAGUCUUGGAGCAGAUCACUUCACCCUUGCUUGCCAUGACAUGUGCCGAGGGACAUCAUUAUCCUUAUCUGAUCCGCUCAAGAACUCUAUUAGAGUACUUUGUAAUGCCAACACAGCUGAAGGAUUUAAGCCUGCAAAAGAUGUUUCAUUUCCUGAAAUUAAUCUCAAAACUGGUUCAACAAACAGUUUCGUUGGUGGGCCAUCUGCAUCUAAACGUUCAGUUUUGGCUUUCUUUGCUGGGGGAGUUCAGGGCCCCAUCAUUCCAGAUCUUCUUAAGCAUUGGGAAAACAAGGAUGAAGGUAUUCAAGUUCAAAAGUAUCUCCAAGAGGGUAUUUCUUACCAUGAGAUGAUGAGGAAGAGCAAGUUUUGCCUUUGUCCAAGUGGGUCUGAGGUGGCUAGCGCUAGAGUGGUGGAGGCAAUUUACAGUGGGUGUGUUCCUGUGCUGAUUUCGGAGCACUAUGUCCCUCCUUUCAGUGAUGUUUUGAAUUGGAAGUCAUUUUCAGUUCAGGUUUCGGUGAAGGACAUUCCUAACUUGAAGGAGAUCUUGAAGAGUAUUUCUCCAGCACAAUACAUGAGAAUGGAGAGAAGAGUGAAACAGAUUAGAAGACACUUUGAAGUACAUUCUCCUCCUAAGCAAUUUGAUGUGUUUCACAUGAUCCUUCAUUCUGUGUGGCUUAAGAGAUUCAACUUCAAAAUUUUCAAUGAUCAAAAUGUCUUAAGUCAGUAACUUUGUUAUGUUUGAUGAAUCACUCAAUACAGGUUCACUCUAGCAAUAAUAAUGUAUUGAGUUAGUCUUAUUUGUU